UUAGCAACUUUUUGGCAAGAAGAAAGUUGUAUGUCAAUCUUCCCAAGAAACAGCUCUUUCCACGCUCCAAACUUCAGUUUACACUGAGAAGAAAAGUCCAAAUAUAGCUUUAAACCCUCAUCAUACUCCAAAUCUUCAAAAUCCCUUUAAACUCACAAGCAAGCAAAACUAGUGGAGAUCAAAGGAGAUGAAAGGGGGGAUUAGUUGCAGCCCGGAAGACUUCUCCAACAAAAGCCCUGAAACCCAGAUCGAAGAAGAUCUAAAGGAAGAAGAAGAAGAAGAUGAAUAUGAAGAAGAAGAAGAAGAAGAAGAAGAAGAAGAAGAAGAAGGAAUUAGCGAGAAAGGCAAGGGCAAUAAUGGAAGCAGCUCGAGCAACAGCACCGUGGAAGAAAACGGAAAGAAGGCCGGAAACUCUUCCGGGUCAGUAAGGCAAUACGUCCGGUCCAAAACGCCCCGCCUCCGGUGGACGCCGGACCUCCAUCUUUGCUUCGUUCACGCCGUUGAAACCCUUGGAGGACAAGAUAGGGCAACACCUAAGUUGGUUCUUCAACUCAUGAACAUUAAAGGCCUUAGCAUAGCUCAUGUCAAGAGUCACCUCCAGAUGUAUAGAAGCAAGAAGAUGGAUGACCUUAAUCAAGCAGUUACUUCUUCUAAUGGAAGGCUGCUUCUUGACAAUGGAGAUCAUCACCAUUUCUUUAACUUCGGCCACCUCCAAAGGCUACAAGGAUUUAACCAAACAACUAAUCCCACUGUAAGGUUCCAAGAUGCUUUAAGGAGUCAUCAAGCGAACGCGAUCUACAAUCCUUAUAUCAAUGGCGGAGCUUCAAGUAUGAUCAGACAUGGCGGCUUACAUGGGAUUUUUGGGGGAAACAUUUACGGAUCGCACAAUAACAACAACAACGUUAAUAGUAAUCAUAGUCAUCAUAAUAAUCCUCUCAGUUCAGAUUAUUUCCGAACUGCAGCGGCGAUUUCCCGGCAAUCUCCGGCGUGCAAAAACAUGGAGAAUGAGAAGCUCCAUCAGCCUCACUUCUUCCCAGCUCAAAGAGUUUUAGCUUCUCAUCAAUUUGGAAUUGGAAGCUCUCCGGCAAACCACCAGAUUCUCCUAAAGAAAUUGCAGUUAGAAAGAGGGAGAGAUCCUCCGCCGGCUCCGGCGCCGCCGCCGAAGACUCGGAACAUUCUAGAAGAGUCCGUUGGGGUUUCCCGGCCGGACGGAGCGGCGGCGGCGGCUGAAGAAACAAACACAUUGAAAAGGAAAAGUUUGCCGGAUUCUUCAUGCGAUCAUCAUCAAGUGAAUCUUGAUUUGAGUCUAUCGUUAAGGACGAGGAACGAGAACGAUCAAAAGAGACUGAAACUCGACGAGGAAGAUGCCGCCGGAGAGUACGACGUCGGCGGCGUUGAUACCACCGAUUUGUCUCUGUCGCUGUUCUCGUCGUCGGAAAAACAUCAUGGGACGACAAAGCAGCCGACAAGAAUCGAAAACAGCGGACUACAUCUCUCUUUGUGAAUCAUAUCAUCAUCAUCGUCAAAAUAUAUGAAUCUAUUAAAAAUUGUACGUUCUGAGUGAGAUUUGGAUGCAGUAGCGCAUUCUUAAUCAGAAUUGAUUAAUAUAAUGCCCACAUUUCCUAUCUUUGUCA